AUGGCUGGGCUGAGCAUAUCGCGCUUCGAUUUAUCCGUCUCCGUGGACCCCAAGAGAGCUCUUCUCUUCGCGAAGAUGGAGAUUGGUUGGGUGAAACGCGCGGCCACAUGGACAUUUGCCGGACUAGGCCUCGCGCUGGCCGUAAUCUCCUGCUGCGAGAUGGCCGAUAACUAUCUCGUCCUUUCCCACCCCGACGCCUGCAUCGCUUCAUCCAACCGGACCCACUGCGCGGCAGAGUUCCGCGUGGCGCGGAGAUCCCUAGGCGUCGUGCCGCAGACGCCGGAGCAAGUCACCUCAGCCAUGAUCGCAGCGGUGCAAGCGCAAGUUGCGGCGCUAAUCGCGGCGGCCGACGAGAUUAAGUCGAAUAACGUGGAGGAGGAUCAUUUCACAAACGCCAUGGCGAGGAGCUGCGCGCGACAAGCCACCAUCGCGCUGCGCUACCUGGCGCAGGCGGCGGAUGCGGUCGAGGCCGGCACGAAUCAGCGCGACGUGCCGUACUGGUUGGCGGCCGCCGAUACGCAGAUCGACAACUGCGUUGACGGUUUCCAGACCUUCUCGCCCGCUGCGCAAGCCUUCCCCGCCUACGUGCACCUCGAGUAUACGGCUAAGAGGGCCGGAAACACGCUUGAAGCACUCGUUUCCAUCACCAACGCCGCCGCGAAAGCCGCCACAUCCGCCGCUACCAGCGUCUCGUCAACGGAGGAGGACGUCGCGCCCGUGCGCGGGCGCCGCAUGGCCGUCCGAUCCAGCGGUGCGGGGUCCGCGGGGAACGGCGCGAUGGAUUGGCUUGAGCCGGGCUUGUACGAGCAGCUUCAGGAGCUUCAGUCGAGGUUGAACGCCGAAUUCGCCGCUGCGAGCGGGGAAGAUUCGAAGGGCGGUACUGCCUCGAGAAGGCUUCUGUUCCACCACCACCACCAUCACGACCAUAACAGCAAGAAGGACAAGAAGAAUAGGAAGAGCAAAAGCAGCAGCAAGAGCAGCAGUAAGAGUAGCAGCAGCAAGAAGAAGGCGUCGCCGAACGAGGGUCCGAUGGUCGUCAGCCCGUCUCUCGCGGCCAGCGCGACCGUCGGAUCCGGAUACUCGACGAUUCAAGACGCCGUCGACGCCGCUCCCGGCGGCACGCGAUUCGUGAUCUACAUUCCCGCGGGGACGUACAAGGAGCAGGUGUUGAUCGAAACGACGGAUAUCGUUCUGAUUGGUGCGGGCGCGGACAAGACGAUUAUCACGGGCGACGCGAGCUACGGAAGCGGGUCCGGGACCUUCGAGUCGGCUACAGUUGGCGUGGAUAGCGACAGGUUCGUCGCCUUCGGAAUCAAGUUCGAAAACACCGCAGGCCCCGAUAACCACCAGGCAGUUGCUUUCCGCGCCACGGGCGACCAAUCCGCCCUCUUCGACUGCGCGUUCGACGGAUCGCAAGAUACGUUGUACGUGGACGCGGGGCGCCAGUACUACAAAAACUGCUACAUCGGCGGCUCGCAGGAUUUCAUUUUCGGCGACGCGGCGGUCGUUAUCGACGCUCCGAAAAUCCAGCUACACCCGAGCGCGUCUUUCGGGACUCUAACGGCGUCGGGACGCGCCAAGGACACCCCGACGGGGAUCGUGAUUCGCGACGCGGUUGUCUCGGCGGACAGCGGUACUACCAAGGUGUAUCUGGGCCGUCCCUGGAAGAAAUGCGCUUUCACUGUUUUCAUCAACGCAUAUCUCCCCGCGGUGAUUGAGACGGAUGGCUGGCUGUCGUGGAACGAGGGCAGCUGCAUGUUUCUGGCGGAGGCGGGCAGCACGGGGCCUGGCGCCGCCUCGUCCCGCGCGGACUGGGUGGACCCUGGGAUCAUCACGGACGUUAGCGGAUAUGACGCCAACACGUUCACGCAAGUCAACACCUGGCUCAGCUGGUCGGUCUAG